GAUAGUUCAGAAAUCGACAUACAUAAUACAUAAAUUCGCGUUGUGCACGCUGUAAAUAUUUCCGAAUCAAUGUUGUAUUGCGUUUCAACGAAGUCAGACGACAUGAAAUCCACUUUUCUAACAGUCUUUGUUUUUGCACAAAUUUUUGUGUGCGUACUGGGUUUUGUUUGUCUUCAAGAACAUUGUAAGGAAGUGUCGUGUGAUGAGAAAUUAAAAUGUCAGUUAGGAUCUGAGUUGAGAAGAAAUGCAUGCAGUUGUUGUAAAUCUUGCGUUGAAGUAUUAGGAGAGAAUCAGGAGUGUGCCUUAUCUAAUAUAAUACUUCCUUCAAUCAAUCCUUGCGCGGAAGGAUUAUUUUGCCUAGAAGGAACUUGCCAAAAUGUUGGAAACCUUGAAGAAAUACAACGUGUAAAAGAUAUAUUAAAUGCGAACGCUUAAAUGUUCUACUAUUUCAUUGUGUGUUAAUAAAAUGAGUAAUGCGUAAUUAAUUCAA